UCAGUUCGGUUUUCAAAUAACGGUCCUGUGAAUGCGACAAAACGCACGACGACGACGACAUCGACGAAUUUUUUUUCCUCAAAUUUCAUACACAACUGUUUACUUCGUAACAGUUUGUAUUUUUGGGAACAAUUUUCCAGCCGCGCAUUUUAAUACGCCAAAGUGAAUUUACAAACAAAAACUAUAAAUUGUUAAACGGUGCAGUAUUUUUAUUUCCUGGUAGUUUGCAUAUUGAUGCUGUUUGAGUUUUUUUUGUAACUCUCGAAAGGUUGAUCAGGUGCAUAAAAUGCACUGCAUUUUGACUUAUGUAAGUCAGUAGUUUGUUGCUUGUUUUUUUGUGAAGCAAAAACAAUUUUUAUUAUGGUGAUGGGCCGAGAAACUGAACAACAUUCAAGGUGAAAUCGUGAUGUUGACUUACACACCUCCGCUAAAGAGAGUGGGAAAAAAAUGCGGAGCCCAAUGUUUUCGCUCGCCUUGAUUGGAUAUAAAUUUAUAAAUGUCAGUGCAAAUGACUAAUGAUUUCGGUGUGAUGAACAUGGCAAUAAAAAUACAGACAAACACAUAAAAACAUCGAUCUCAAUUAAUUUUGCGUUCCAUUUGUGGUGUGGCCGCCUCCGUCGCCGACACCAGCACCACCGUGAUUUGUGGGCGCCGUACAAAAAUUUACACAACGGAAGAUAAAUUUCUUUAUUUCUCUCUCUCUCUCUAUAUCCGUCUGUUCUGGGUCGAUGAAUAUGAGUAAACUGAACAUAAUCAAAAAAAAACAUUAACGGUGCUACGAUAACAAACAAACACAAAAACAAAUACCAAUCGCGAAAAAAAUAGAUUGAAAAUUACCUAAAGCCAAAAGAAAACAAAAAUCUCAAACCAACGGAAAAAAGAAGUUUUUUUUUUGAAAGACUCACACUUAUCGAUCACGUAGCCAAACAACGAAUGAAAAUGUGCAAAUGUGACACACUCAAAUACUCUCAUACUGACGAAUAAUAAUAAAAUGAGUGCUGCUGAAACCGAGAAGAAUUGUGGCCCAAAUGAACGAAAGCAAAGCAAAACGAGCGAAUUCAUUCAGGUUCUGAAAUCAAAAUGCGAGGAAGCAAACGUGCGAUCAGAUUUUUCAGUUUGACGUGUAAAAAUGUCGAAAAACGUCGUAUUUGGUGCAGUGUUGCCGAUGUUAUAUGAGCCGAGCGCGCGCCAAUUUCUUGGUUUGACUGCUAUCAAGAAGCAAUAAUAAAUUACUGUCGAGAUUGUUUUUGGAUCGAAAAGCAAAAGAGAACGACACCCAAAAAAAAAUCGACUCUUACGAUAAAGUCGCAUAUACUUGGGCGCCAAAAGGAAUGCAUGAAGUGAAGAUUUGAAUAGGAUUUUCUCGAAUUUUUAUUUUUUUUCAUAUUUUCCGUGUUGACAAAAGAAGAAGGAGAAGAAGAAGAAGUAGAGAGAAAAAAACAUUCAGUGAAUUGCCAUUUUGAAAGACAUAUGUACUGUACAAAUACCGUGCGCUCAAAACGACAUUGAGGUUGAUGGUUCUUAAAGUUCAGUGCGCCACAAGUUGUAAGUGAACGAAGAAAGAACGAGCUAGCGAGAAAAAAGUUAAUCGUGAAAAUUGUUGUUGAUGCAAUGCAAUCGUAAAAACACUUGAGACAAAUCCCAAUUGAAACGCUUUUGCAUCAAUGUAAAACACUUGGGUUUUUAAACGACGACAUCGACGAGGUCAACACGACAAAGCGCAGCUAUAAAAACUAGCAUUUCUUUUUUUGCAAAAAAGACGAGAGAAAAAAUGCCAGCUACGAGCCGAGCAUUUAGCAGAAGGGCCAAAUAAAAAAGGCACAUUCGUUCAACAAUCGGACUAGUUUUCUCUCAUUUUUUUUUAAAUCUGUGUGUAUGUGCGAGUAGUGUAUGUGUUGUUGAACGAGAGCGAACAUUCUCCAUCUCGGUUCUCUGCAUUCAUUAGCAUCAGCGUCGUCGUCUAUAUUUAACGUGAAAAAGCGCCCAACCGGAAAUACACUAGCAUUAUGAUGUUGUACAGAAAUUUGACGCGUGGCAAAUGUGUGAUUGUUGUACUAUUGAUAUGGUGUCGAUUAAUCGGUCAAAAUAUUAUCGGUGUCAAUUGUAAUUUUAAUCAUUUUCAUAAUAUUUUGAUGCGAAACACUUUCCCCUGUGCCAUUAAUUCGCUGUGCAUGUGUACAAAUGCUGGCAAUGGAACGCAUUCGUACAAAAUUAGCUGUCACGAUGUUUGGUUUUAUAAAUUUACAGAAAUACUUCAAAACUCCAUAAAAUAUGUAGAAAUGUCGCGAAACAAUCUGCAAUGCAUCGAUGACGAGACGUUCCAAGGUCUCCAGCUGGAUUCGCUGAAACUCAUCGACAACAAUAUCCAGUAUUUUACGGAGAAAUGUUUCAAUUCGAUGACACAUUCACUGAGGCUACUGGAUAUAUCGGGAAAUCAGUUCGAGGAAUUGCCGUUAGAAUCAAUUAAAAAUAUACACACACUUAGUCGAUUAGAAGCACACAGAAAUAAAAUACAAAGUUUAGAUGGCGAUUGGGGCUAUUUGGUUGACUCAUUGCGUUCGCUGCAUGUGUCAGGAAAUUCAAUAACGGAAAUGAAUUUCGCUGAUGAGGAAGACGAUUAUGUGGACGAUGACCAGCUGCCACGUAAUCCACAAUUCCAACAGCCGCCACAGCAGCAGCAGCAGCAGCAGCAGCAGCAACAUCAGCGUUUCCAUCACAAAAUGAUGGUAUCGUACAAUGGUUACAAUUCGAUUAGUGGCACCAGCUAUCGCAGCGCAUUUUCCAAACUUCGUAAACUGACGUGGUUAGAUGUGAGCGACAAUCGUAUAUCACACAUUGCUCCCAACUAUUUACCUCGAAUCAUAAUCACAUUAAAUUUAAGCGAUAAUUUAUUCACUGAAGUACCUGUAAAUAUGCUCCAGCAUUUACAUCAAUUACGUUCGCUUUUUAUGCGAAAUAAUUUGCUCAAAUCGUUGGCCGCCAUUGAAGACCAUCCCAGUCCGAUGCUGUUGGAACGCAUCGAUUUUAGCUACAACACCAUCGAAGAGUUUGGACAUUUGUUCAAUGCAAAUUCAACCAUCAAAAUCAUUAUCCUCGAAAAGAAUUGGUUGCGUCGUUUGCAUGCAAAUUCAUUUCAAAAUUUAUCCACCAGCCGAAUAGCGUUGGCCUAUAAUCGUAUCCACCACAUUCACAGCGAUGCAUUUAAUGGGCUUGAAAAUUCGCUGGAACACCUUGAUCUGGAGCAUAACUUACUGACAGAGUUUCCAAAAGCCGUGAUGUCAUUGAAACAAUUAUAUUAUUUAUACUUACCGUCAAACGGUAUCGGUUCGUUGGAUACACUGCCGAGCACCCUGCGUGCAUUGUCAUUGGCAGCGAACAAUUUCACCACAAUGCCGGUGCAUGCAUUGAAAAUGUGCACCGAUUUGAUAUACUUGAACAUGGGCUACAACAAAAUUGUCGAACUACCCGAAAAUGGGUUUGCCGAGUGGGGCAACAAAUUGGAAACAUUUUUUUUGCGCAACAAUAAAAUCACGAGCUUAAAUUAUGGUUCAUUUAACGGUUUGGAUGCCAUUAAAGAAAUGAGCCUCAGCUUCAACGACAUUCAUUAUCUGCAUCCGCUGGUAUUUGAGAAUAUAUCGAAAACAUUGACCAUUUUCGAGCUGUCGUUUGGUUUGUACCGUGACGAUUUUCCAACCGAGCAAUUCAAAUAUUUAACGGAAUUGAUGUGGCUGUCGUUGGACAAUAAUAAUUUGAAAAAAAUCUCCGACGAAUCGCUCAUCACAUUAACGGAAUUGGUGCACAUUAAUCUGUCGUUUAAUCGCAUCGCCAUGUUUCCGCCGACCAUUUUCAUUGCAGAAAUCCAUAAGAAGCUCAAAGAAAUCGAUUUAUCAUACAAUUCACUGACAAAAAUCUACACCAACACAUUUGACAGUUUGCUGAAUUUGCACACCGUACGCUUGUCAUCGAAUCGCAUCGCAUCGCUGGACAUGCACAGCUUUCACAAUCUACCCGAACUGACGUAUGUCGAUUUAACGCACAAUUUAUUACGCAACAUUAGCGAAAAUGUGUUCACAUUUUUGCCGAGAUUACUGCAGCUAGAUUUAAUGUACAAUCAUUUAGAUCAUUUAACGUUUAAAAUAUUUAAACACGCUUCGAAUGAGUCGAUGCCGCUGCGCUUGAACAUCAGCCAUAAUCGUUUGUCGAUGCUGGACGGUGAAAUCAAUUCAUUUUUGUACAUUUACUCCAUUGACGCAACAUCCAAUUAUCUGAACGAUUCGCAAAGUUUUCGAUACUUGGGCUACAGUUUAAAGGAGCUGAUUUUACGACGUAAUAGUUUUAGCAUUUUGAAUAAUCAUGCAUUCAACGAACUGUACAAUUUGGACUGGUUGGAUUUAUCUCAUAAUAAUUUAUCGGUGUUGCGACGGAGAUGCUUCCAGGGAUUGACCAAUCUACAGAAACUUGAACUGAACAACAACCAUAUAAAUCAACUUCAAUCGGAUCAAUUUGCGGAUUUGAGAAAUUUACGAAUUCUAAAUUUGGCACACAAUCGAUUGCGUUCGUUACCACGCGAAAUUUUCGUACACACUCGAAUCGAGUAUUUGGACUUGUCGAACAAUCAAUUGACACUGUGGCCAUCGAAUUCAUUGAGUGACAUUGGAUUCACGCUACGCAAUGUACACAUGGCGUCCAAUGAAAUCGAAUACCUGGAACCGAAUAUGUUUAUCAACACGCAGUACGUGUAUACGUUAGAUUUGUCAAGAAAUAAACUGGUCGUGAUUCCGGAUAACACUUUUAGUUAUCUUAGCAAUUUAACGAAUUUAGAUUUGAGCAAUAAUCCAUUAGUAACUGCCAAUUUGGAGCAAAUCUUUCAUCACACACCCAUGUUACGUGUACUAAACUUACGCGCGAUGGGCUUGUAUCACAUGCCAUCGAUGACGGCAACACAUCAUUUAACGCAGCUCGAUGUGAGCAUGAAUAAUUUGCAGGAAACCAGUGCGUUGAAUCGAUUAAAGCAUUUACGUGUGCUAAAAAUUGCCCAGAACAAAGUGUCAAACAUAAGUGCGUUGGCCGACCGAUUACCGUCAUCGUUACGUGUGCUCGAUUUAUCACGAAAUCCAAUCAAACGGAUUUUAUUGCAGGAUUUCACGCGAAUACGUCGUCUUGAGGAGUUGUAUAUGCGUGGUUGUUCCAUACGAAAUCCAAUGCCAUUCGGUCAAUUGACGAAUCUCAAAGUGUUUCACUUCGAUGCUCAAUCGUCGUUUGCCGACAUCGUAUCAAAUAUGCGUGGUUUGCACGAGUUGCGUAUCGAGGUGAAUGGGGAAUUGUUUGACGGUACGAUUCUAUCAAAGCUGGUAAAUCAUACGAAAAUUAAUUCGGUGGAAAUUACGGGAAAGCGUUUAACACAAAUCGCACCGACGGCAUUUACUGGACUUGCGCACAGCUAUAAUUUGAAACUGAAAAUCCACAAUACACAAAUCAAUGAUUUUCCACCGACGAUAUUCUAUGCACUGCGCUCCAUACCACAUUUGUCGAUCGAUCUGUCGAAUAAUAACGUAGCCAAUUUAGCACCGGACAGUUUCUAUCCGAACGCAAGCAGCUGGGAUGCAGUCGGAACGCGAAGUAUUAUCGGUGGUUUGGACAUUUAUGGUAAUCCAUUACAGUGCGAAUGCGGAUUGGUUUGGUUGGGACACUGGCUCAGGAGGUGGCUUCGUGAAGUGUCACACAUACACAAUCUCAACGAUGAAGACUACAAAGAAAUGGUCGAGCGUGCCCGCAGAAAUACGUGUGUCGACCCACAGACCGGAAAGGUGGUGCCAUUUUUAGAAGUAUUUCCGGAGGAUCUAUUGUGUCAUGCGAGCGCCCUCAGCAGUUCAGCCGUUAAUAAAUGUAUCCUAAUGCCAACAUUCGUGAGAAUUUUUAUAUUUUUAUCGAUAAUUUUGACAUUUAAUUAUUCCAUGUUCAUUUGAUUUGUCAUGUAAGUGGCAUGGUCGAUCUCAUCUAGCCAGUAUUCAAGUUAGUUUUCUAUAGAAUUAUAUUACUAGAAAUAAGAAAUGAUAGCCAGCCCAUCACCAUCACCGUCACUAUCAACAUCGUCACUGAACCACCACCCGGGUGGGCAAAUUGCAUCGUAAUACAUACUACGUAUAAGUAGGAAGAUUCUAAUUUUGUUAUGAAAUUUCACAGAAAUAAAUUUAUUGAAGAGGAACGAAUUAAUUGUAAAUUGAUAGGGAUAAUGAUAGAUGCAAUGCUAGACGCAUUUUUCAUUGUUGGAGAUAAUUGAAUAGCGAUGAAGAUUUUAAAUGAAAAAUGACCAUCAUGACGUGUAUAUGUGCGCACUGAUGAUGAUAAUUGAACGAUACACUGUAUAAUGUAUAAAUAAAAUGUCGUAAUUUCCCAUAUAUAUAUACGGAUUCAGAUCCAUUCAGAAUUAUUAUUGAUAAAACCAUCCGAGAGAGAUAGGGAAAAAGAUAUUUGAAAUUUACUUCGGAUCAAGAGAUUCUUAUUAAAUUUUAUUGAUUUUACCUGUUCGUUCAACUGACAAAUUAUUUUGCCGUUCGAUGGUGAUCGUCGGCGAAUAGUUGAGUGCAAUUUCAAGUCAAUUUAUUGGUAGCACGUUAGACUGUGCGACAUUCUCAUUCCCAUGAGACUGAACCAUCGGGUUCUAGUGUAUUCUCUUCACCACCACCACCACCACUCGGUUUCGGCUUCCAUAUCAAAAUGAUAUUCAGAAGCCGUGCAAAAAGAUGGAAUCGAUUGACUCAGUUGCUCGCUCGCUCACUCUCUAUUUCUCGGUUAAGUGUUAGCUUUGCUCAUGUAAUUGCAUUUUCCAAUGCAUGCACUGCAAAAUUUCAAUAGUUUCAACGUUGCCACAACGGUGUCCUUAUAUGAAUUCACUUGGCAUUUUCAUUCGUUUUCAUCACCACACACACAAACUCACUCACUCACUCACUCCAUAUUAUAAAAUGGACCAUAUUCAAUUUCUAUCCAAACAAUAUGCAAUAUCUUUAAUAAGCCAUACGUAUAUAACAGCUCUAUAGUUUGGAUCUAACCAGCUUGAACAAACAGAGUGUGUCUUUGGCUCUGUGUUUGACCUCCAUUUUCAUGGCUGACGAAUCUCUCUCUCCCUCUCUCCCACUCCGGUGUCUCUUUUCGUUCUGCUACUCUAUCUGGCAUCUCAUGUUUGUGCACCAACACUUUAUCUGUUCCGAAAAGUUUUUGAUAUCCAUUAAUUUGUCUCGACACACUUAAAUGAACACACACAGAUUGCAUUGACAGUUUUUGCCAUGCGAUCUUAUUACACUUGAAAGAUUCGAUGCACACACGCACAUCGACAGCGACAACAAUAACAACGACACCGUCGACGCUCCGAAGCAAAUAAACUGACACCAUGGAUAAGAUUGUUCAAUUAUGUGGAAAAGAGGCGACUGAAAAAUGUGUUUCAAGACUUUGUUCGGAAAAACCAAAGCUUUAAUAACGAGCGCAACAAGCAUUUCAUUGACGUGACACGCUCAAAUGGUGGAACAAGAGAGACAACAAAACCAACAUCACGAUUGUCUCGGUGCAAUUUUCGAGAUUUUUCUAUCUAGAUUCGGCGAACGUACGGGAUUGUAUCUGUGAAUUUGUGUGUGGGCGCGAGCGCGUCUGUGCGGCUGAAAAUGAGCCGGGCACAUAAAAAAUGCACAUCGCACUCCGAUGCUUGAGAACAUCGUGAGAUAAUUUAUUAACGAUCUCCCGUGUGGCAAAUGCUAUUAAAACAUGCGGUUAUUCUUUUGUCGGGUUAAAUUUUUUUUUGCUAUCACUUGGUUGGUGGUUUUUUUUUUCUUGCCAUCGAUAGUGGCUGAUGCGUCACGUUUUCAACGCCAAAAAAACUUAAACUUUCAAUGGUUUAUUCGAUGUUCAUUGUAUUCGACAUGUUCCACUUCGAACUGAUUUCGCCUGGUAUGUACACUGUACAAGCAUAUUCCACAUAUAAUUUCAAAUGUCUUAUAUUUCCCAUAGAGCAACCCAACCGACCGCUAUCACUUUUACCAAUUCGCCCUUCCUCACUCUCUUCUGCAUUCGCUUUCGAUUUUUGCUCACAUUUAUUCACCUUUUGCUGCACUGUGUGGCUCGUCUUGACUGACACAUUCCUAUCAGUAUGCUACACAACCGACAUUGUGCAUAUGCCAUUUGGGGGAUGGCUUGAAAAAUUUACUUGAACAAACACGAUCGCGUGGUAAAUUUUUCGCACUGACUAUAAAUUGAAUGGAAUUUUCGUGUGCAUGACACACACUUCAUUAAAAUAAACAUUCCAUACGGCGAAGAAGGAGAGGGAGAAGCGAGUACUGGAAAUAUCCUUGAUUUUCAUAUCAUCUUGUCCUUCCUCUCUACUCUACUCUAGCGUUUCGUUACGAAACUUAUAAUGAAAAAAAAAACUAACUAGUCGUUGUGCGAAUUUCAAGGAAAUUAUCGGACGGAAAAUUUUUGCACCAAUUUUCGACGAGCGAAAAGAGAUAUGGCAAACACACACACACACACACACACCGAGAGCGGAAGAGACAGAGUGAAAAAGCGAGAGGGCGAGAAAGAGAGGAAGAAAUAUGGCAGCGUGGCGAAUGAAAAGCGCAAACAAAAGAUGUCUGUAGCAUGCAAUAUUAAUAAUGAUAUACGGAGCUCUCGUGAUUAUGUCGAAUAUUUACGUACAACGUACGGCUUUGCACUGGGAAUAGGUGCGCGAGCAAGGGAGACAGAGAGAUUGAGUAGACCGGAAUGAGCUCAUGAAUUCGCUAAAGAUAGACAGACGCUCAAAAAUUAUGUAUGAAAUGGGAACAUUUUUCGCCAAACCACAUCGUGUUCACGUAACUUUUUCUCUCUCUCUCUCUCUCUCUCUCUCUCUCUCUCUCUCUCUCUCUCUCUCUCUCUCUCUCUCUCUCUCUCUCGGUCUGUUUCUCGUUCGUUCUUCAUUCGUUCUUCAUUCGGUUUCUCCCGCCGCGAUGCGCUUAUGCACUGUACAAACAAGUUUUACCGGUGUAAUUUUCACGACACAACACUCGCACGCAAUCAUUUAUUCGCUAAUAAUGAUUUGCCAUUCGUACAUGUUCGAGUGAAGCCACUCAUUGUAAUAAUUCCAACCAGACGUACCGUCGAAAACGAUCGUGACGAUGAUGACGAACCGAAUUUAAUCCGAUUUAAAGCAGAGGAAUCGCAAUUCAUUUUUAAAUUCACGUCUCAUUUCAUUCCAUUUUGGGAAUUGUUUGAUCAAAAUUCUGUUUCAUCAUGGUCUCAAUCUUAAUCAAACGAAAACGAAACGCCGUAUGUGGUCGCAUCCACACAUAAUGCGCAUACAUUUUCACCAACAACGCUAAUAAUCAUCUCGAAUAUGAGCACGAUGCGCCAAUUUGUACAAUUACAACACAUUUUUCGUUUGCAUUUGGAAUGCAUCAACCCUAAUGAUAUUAAUAAAAUUCCGACCAAAAAAAAGUUGAGAUAAAUUAAAUAAAAUCCAUUGCUCAUAUUUUGCUCUCGUUUGCAAAUACAUAUUAUGGGCUUAUGCGCUUCAUACGUGUGAUGUGUGCAUUUUGAAAAAUCAGAACGAGGCUCACACGGCCGAGAGAAAAAAAACAACCACCACAGACCUUAACCAUUAAAUCAGAAAUAAUAAUGCAGCUCUGACAACUGCAAAAUAUUAAAUCAUUUCUGUCAGUCCAAAUGAAUGGGGUAAUUUUUUUCGGUUGUUUUUCGGUUGAGAGUGCACGCGCGUGUUAUACAUGCAAUCGAAAUCAAACUGGAAUAUGAGGUAGAUCGAGAGGAGGGAGCGUCAUGAGAAAAAAAAAACAUCACCAUGAAAAUAAUAAUUUAAUAAUUUUCGCCAAAUAAACGAAAAUGUGAUUGUUUAAAUUGAAUGACGAAAAAGUAUAGUGUUUGUUGCAACACCAGCAGCAGCGCCGGCACCGGCAUUGGGAAGAAUGUUGACCAAUUUCAUAUGCUCAUCAGUCGUAGCCUUGGCCAUUAACGAUGGGGGAAACAGCAUGUUUGACAGACCAAACAUGCAUAACAAGCAAAAUUGAAUCGUGACAAAUGAUUUAAUAUGGUCCGAAUGAAGCUUAACCAAAAACAAGAACGAGAGCAAAAGGCACAGUGUGGGAGAGAAUCAGAAAAAGAGAGAGAGAGAGAGAUAGAGGGAAAGAAAAAAAACGCAACGAAAAAAAAAUCAUUUUACCAGCGGUGCGAUAAUCACGUUUGUCCUGAUUCAGCAGAAAAUGGGGCAAUGGCAAAAACAAUAAGACUACAGCUAUAUUUCUACAGUAGCAAAAAUCAUUUUGUGGCUAUUUUUCAUGGUGGAAAAAGUUUCAGCAGCUGUGGUCCACAAAGGCAUGGCGUUUUUCUUUCGCUCUUGCUCUCGUAUUGAGCUGAGCUUUUUUUGUCCAUCAUCUACCCACCCACACCAUUCAUAUAUACACUCGUACAAACAUAAUAACAAAUGACUCGACAAACGACUCGAUUUGGUGGUACACACACAAGGUAUAUACACUCCAUCCACACUCACACAAUCGGAUUGGCCGAGGAUGAUGUGUAAAAUAAUUUUUGGGCGAAGAAGUCUCUCCACAUUUACUCUUUUCACUCUCUCUCUCUCUCUCUCUCUCUCUCUCUCUCUCUCUCUCUCUCUCUCUCUCUCUCUCUGCGUGCGUGGACGCGUUUAUUUUUAUCCAGACUCUCACUUUGUUCGACUUUGACAUAUCGCAAUUAAAAGUUUAACGACAUACAAUUCGGUUAAUUGUUUCAAAUAAAUUUCGAAAUGGGAAACAAGCGCAGACGGAGACGGACCAAACGAAAUACGAGACCGAGUGAAAUUUUCCACCGGCUAUAAAGCAUUACAUACCAAGCAUAUUUGUAACAAUGACGAUGCCGAAAAAGAGCCAACGAAAGGCGAUAAAAUCCGGCCCCAAACUUAGAUUCGUAUCGUUUUUGAUGUUUAACGGUUUCCACUUAUCCUUGUCGCUUUUUUUGUAUGUGUGUGGAUGUGUGUAUAUGGCAUGUCGUCGGUAUCGCUCCAUAUCACACGGAAAUGAGUGUAAGUGAGUGAAUUGCGCGAAAUAUUUCGAGCGCACCAAAAACUAUGAAGACAAAUGCGAAAGCAUGUGAAUGCAUUAAGCCAUGGCAAAUGUCAUAAAAAAAACGACGGAGCGCAACCAAAUAGAGAAAAAAGCGAAGAAAAAAAUGCAAACAGCAUGCGGUGCAAAUGUUGAAAUAAGGUUAUCUACUCUACCUGGCUCACAAACUCUUUCGCUCACAAACCGCGCCAAUUCGAAGUUCCGAAACACUUGCGUUUCACCUUUAACUUUUUAUAGCCCUAAUAAUUGCAAUAAGAGACGAACACAUACAGGCAAUAACAAUCCCGAACGCGAAGAAGAAAUCAUUCGAUGCGGCGCGGUGCUUUUUCACAUAUUUUUUUGACUGUCCUCAUAAAUUCAAAUCAUAAAAAUUAAAAUCGUUAAGUUUUCAUACCGGAAAGCAAUGAAUGCAAUGGAACGGCUUUAUCUCAACACUCUUCGUUUUCUGUAUAUCCUCGGGCCAUGUGCUGAGCGCAAUCGAGUGAAACGGUAUAUCGUGAAUCGCACGAGAGUAAUUGAGUCGUAAAUGAAGAAUUCCUGUGAGUUGGAAACGAAAAGUAGAAAAAGCACAAAGUUUCGUCUCGUUCGGAGAAAUUCCGUUGACGAUUACUUUGGCACGUUUCCACCUUUCAGUCCCACGUAAUACACACUCCCAAAACGAACACUUGUUGUAUAUUAAUGAAUAUUAUGCAUUUUGCAUGUUUCAGCCCAUUCAAUGCAUGUUCUUUUUUUACAUGCAUCAACAUUCUACGUAUAAUUUUCAUAGUUUUGCUAAACACUUCCGGCAAAUUUAAUAAAUGCAGGAAAAAAGUGGCGAGAAAUCAGCCGUCUCUUACAUACAUGUCGCAUACAAAAUCAACACUGAAACUUACAUUGACAUACUAUGCCAGUGGCAUAGCCCUACAAUGAACAUAUAAGUUACGCAGUACUAUUGAAACUAAAACUGGGGCUGAGAACUAAGAGAACUGAAACUAGCUCGCGAGUCAACUGAACGAAACCAUAACCGGCACUCAACGCCUUCAUAAACCAUUCCACGAAUGACGAAAAAGUCUCGCCGAGAUUUCCCAUUCUCUCAGUCAAAAUCAAUUUUUCGAAAAUUGUCACAUUUAAGCGAAGAGAACAAACGAAAGCCAUGAAAAUGCUAGAAAAACGAAAGCAUUUAAAAAUGUUUGUACACUCAAAAAAGGAGAGUAAAAAAGAGCGAGGAAAAUACACGUGGAAAAAUAAAAGAGAGGAGAAAAAGAGCGAACGGUCGUAAUCGUAUUUACCAAUUAUCGCAUGCAUGGCAUACCAAUCAUUAAAAAUUUACAUGAAAUUGAACUUUAAUUUUUCAACCACAUCCAAAACGAUGGGUGUGAGUCAUUUCCACUCGAUUUUGUUCAUUACAUCGGCGUGGUAACCAAAAUGCCGGAACCUGUUUUUUUUUAAACUUCUAAACGUUGGUUAUUAGAAGUGUUGAAGUGAUUGAAUGUUGAAUGAGGAGAGAGAAACGGUCGGAAUUUUUUUUCCCUCCUAGGUUAAGUUUGAACUUUUUAGUCAAAUUGAAAAUGAUGUAAAUAGUAACAGCACUGAAUGAGAGUUUAUCUUUAAAAAAAAAACAUAUAUAUCUAGUUGAAUCAUUUGAAAUCACACACCCACACACACUCAUUUGGUGGUAAGCCGCACAUUUCACACCACACAACAUAUAAGAUUAAUUUAUUAUAUCCUAACUGACUUAGAUUAAGCUAUGCCAAAUUCUGUAGGAUAAUUAGACUUAAUAGAUUAUAGUUGUCUUUCUUAUAAUACAUAUGCAACAUAAUUCAAUUUAAUUUUGUAAAAAAAAGAAGAUAAAUACUCAAAAAAAUGUCUCAAUUGAUGAUUAUUGCUGUAUCAAAAACAAUUCAAUUAUCUUAAUAUCACUCACAUCAAAUUAAUGGAUUAAAGCAAAUGGAGGAAACCGUUUAAGUUAGUUAGCAAUUAAAUGAGCCGAAAUGUACUGGAAAGUUAAAUCUAUUAAUAAUCAUAUCUAACUGAAUGUUUAUCCACACGCGACAAACCCAUGAGAAAACAAAAGAAUACCGACAAUUGAACAAUAUGAAAAGCUUGAUGCAAUACUAUGCAAUAGAAUAAGGAAUAAUCAAGUGAUAAAGACAAAGAGGUUGUAUUGAAUACCCUUCCGAAAUUCAUUCCCAUACCAUGGAUUUGAACCAUUCAAUCACCAUUUUUCGUCAGAAGACAAUUUUCAUUCAUGUUACACAUUUCUCCUUAAUUUUCCAAUUUGAAUUGAUGUUUAUUUUUGAACCAUAAACCGAUUGAGACGAAAGUAUUCAAAACAAUCUCUAGAUGUAAAUAACAUUUGAAUACACGCAAUUUAAAACCAUAAAAUGCCCAGCAAAUGAUUUUAUUAAGCCAAAACCAAAAAUAAACGACACUUUAACAUUUAGUUUUAAAAUGAAGUUAUAAACGAAGACAGACACACAGACACACAGACGUGAAAAAAGAAGAGAAGAAAAAACGAAGUAAAUAUUGUGAUAUUUUUAGACAUAUCAAAUUAGUUAAUCGACCAUUUCAAUUGCGCAUUUGAAGCAAUUCUAUUGAUUGACACCUUUAUUUAUUAUUACCGUUACCAUUUUUGGAUUGGGUUUUUUUUAUUUCCAUGAAGUCGGAUUUAUUUUUAGCAAACACUCGGUUUUGCACGGUAUUGCUUUGGACGAAUGCACCUUAUUGUUGUGAAGAAAAACCAACUUUGAUUGCACACUGAACUGGAAAAAAGAAAACUGGAUGUUUUUGGCAUGUUCUGCGUCAUUCGACAGCCGUCUGGCUUAUACGAUUCGGAAUAUUCUGUCGAACAGAAUAUUUCUUUUUUUUUUCUUUUUUUCUUUGAAACGAUCAGAACGACACAAUUCUACUUGAUUGUAUUUCCGUUGAAUUUCAAUAUAUUUAAUAAUUUGAAAGCUCUUACGUUAAUAAAUUAGGAGACGCCCGACAUUCGAAUAUACUUCAAUAGAGGUGAAAAAGCGCGCUAAUAUAGUCUGGCAUGUUUUGUUAUGGUUUGCAUAAAUUCAUACACAUCAAAAUGCGCUGGCACAUGCAACACUUUAUUACACACAUACUCUAUUUAUUUACCGGUAAGGUUUAGCUCAAGUGCGCGUCAUUAAAAAUGUUUACUGUGUGUAAUUCGGCGUAAUUAAAAGCGUAAAUAACGGAAGAGAGAAACAUUCCAACACACAAAAUAAACACAACGGUAUAAAAGAAAUGACUCUGUCAUUUUGUUCUGUUUUUUUUUUCGUUCAAUUCCUGAAUGUGAUCCAAAGCGAUACUUGCUCUAAAAAAGAAAACGCUAGUUUUAUUUUGUAUUCCGUAAUUUAAUGGACAAGUAUAAAAUGAAAAAAGGAAAAUGAUGAUUAAGUAGUUAUAAAUAUGCAUUUGUGUAGUGAAAAAAAUUCCAUUGUAAAUAUUACGAAUUCUUUGAUAAACGGACUUGAUACGAGAUUGCAUGUUGAUAAGCGUGUGAAAGCGCUGGAGAAAAACAGUGGAAGGAGCAGAGGUAAAGGGAGAGAAAAUGGAAUGAAAAGCGUCGAAUGUUUGUUUUUUUCCCUUUCCCGUGGAUGAAUUCCUUUCUAUAUAUAUAUAUAAAUUAAAUAUAUAAUAUAAAUGUAUAGUUUCCAAUGGAAAUUUCAUCGUCGUUUUGUGACAAAGUCGCUUUUUGACGUUAUCGUUAAAUUUUAAAAGCGACCAUAAAUUUAAACUCUUGGACUUUGCUUGCCAGCGCAUUGUAUCACAUUUAAAUUGCGUUCACAAUUCACGUAGAUAGUAGAGAACUACAAAAUGUUGAGUGUGUUACUUGCUCGAUCGCUUGUUAUAUCUCGAUUAAGUUCUCUCCUCCCAUUCGAGAGCGUGUGUGAGUCAGAGAUAGGGAGUGAGGUACAAAGGGAGAUAGAGGGGUAGAUUCGAAUUGAAAUACACACAGAACACGUCAAUAAAUUUACCGUAUGCGACAUUCUAGAUAGAUUAAGUGGAGAGAACGCACGCGAGAGAGCAUAACAACUUAAGAGCAAUUGUUGGGCGAGCAUUUCAAGAGCAAAGUAGAAAGGAUGGCAAUGGAGAAUUAACUCAAAUUGGCAGAAAAGUGAGAAAAAUGAAAAUUCACAUUGGAAAUCGAACUGUCUGUAAGCUACAUCAAUUCAUAAAGUAUACAAAGUAAAUACAUAACUUAUUCAUUGAUGACAACAUACAUCAACAACACAGCAUUUAAGGAUAAAAUAGGAAGCAAAAUGCAAGAACGAUAUUGCACUCGGUCUAAAUGAAAUACACACACAAACACUCACAUACAUAGCAAGAGCCAGAACAAAGGGAAUACGCAAAAAAUGCACACAAAAUGCGAGAGAAAAAGUCAAGUGAAUUAAAUUAAAAUGAAUCGAUGGUACGAAAGCAAACAAUUACACAAAUGUUAUGUAAAUAAAAAAAAAACAACAGAAAAAUCGUAGUAAAAUAACAAUAAAGAGAAAACAGAGAGAAAAAUGAAAC